AUGCCAGUUUCUAAAAAAGUUAUCAAACGCUCCGGUCGAAUUGUUUUCUCAGCUCAUCAACAGAAGGUACUGUUAGAGGCUUUUCAUCAAUACUUUUUUUGUGAUGCUCCACUUCGUGAAAAACUCGCCGCUCAACUGAAAAUCACCGAGAAGCAAGUGGGUGACUUUUUUAAGAAUCAUCGAAGUUUGUGUGUAAACAAAGAGCAGUUAAAAGAGAAAAGGCCAACUUUGAGUGCUCGAAAACGAAUAACUUUCACCGAACAUCAAAAGAAAAUAUUGAAAUACGCUUUCAAAUUAGACCCAAAGAUGAAUGGCAGAUCAAUUGAUAUAAUCGUCGAAUAUUUGGGGCUUACCCGUUCGCAUGUUCUUUCAUAUUUUGCAAGAGGACGAGAUGCCUACAAAAAAAAGAAAGAGCCUCUCCCGGAACCUGAUCUUCCUCAGUUGGAAUUGUGGUUAAAAGAAAUUAAAAGUCAAAUAUCCACAAAUGGAGAAUCAUCAUCAUCAUCUAACCUCAAUACUCUUCCUCUUGCUAUUCAGUCAUCAUUUGAUGUGAACAUCAAUCAACAACAAGACCAACAAUCACAAUCUAAUCUUUAUCAACUUCCCUUACCAUCAUUUGAUAAUCACAACAAUCAACAGCAACUCCAACAACCAUUACAACCACAACCACAACUACAACUACAACCAGAUCAAUACCAACAGCAAGAGUAUCCACAUAAUCAACAAGACUAUAAAUAUGAUCAACAAUAUGAUUUUGUAUCUGAUCAACAAUUAACUGUUGCUCCACAAUACCAACAACCGUCUACAUAUUCACAGUUAUCUUCGGAUGGUUCAUCAUCUUCACCAUCUUAUGUCUCAUUCCCACAAACAUCAUCGUCGCUAUCAUCAGAUGAUGUUCAACAACAACAACAAUCACUACAAGCACCACAACCACAACUACAGUCGUUCAAUAACUUUUUACCUGAUCAACAAUAUUACUCUGGAUAUUAUCAACAAGAAUCUCACCAAUUUUACCAACAAAACGCAACUUAUUAUGAACCCCAAUUCCAACCUUACCAACAACAAUUGUCAAUUUAUUAA